GAAGUCUGUUUUGCCGGGCCGGGCCUCCCCGGCUCCGGCGGGUUUCUCCUGGACGAGUGCAAAGUCUCCACACUUUACUCCAUCCCCGCGAUGGAGGAGCCCGAUGAAGGGUCGUCCCCGGAGAAGGCAGGAAGGGGCUCUGCGUCAGAUGAGGUGCCGCUCUUUGCCGCUGCCUCCACCCCCGGGCCCGUUCUGGAAGCUGCCCAGCCGCCCGACGCGGCGCCGGAGACGGAUGGGGAGGGGAGUGGGGCCUCCAAGGAGGCUGCGGCGGAAGACGCUGAGGACCAGGAAGAAUCAGAUUUAACAGGAACUGGAAUGGAGGACUCAUCAUUACUUCCUCCUGCAGUCAAGAAGAUGAAGAUAGAAAUUAAAGAGAGGAAAGAGAAAAACCACAAAGUAGAUGAAGAUGAAAUUCAGAAAAUGCAAAUCCUGGUUUCUUCCUUUUCUGAAGAACAGCUAAACCGCUAUGAAAUGUACCGUUGAUCAGCAUUCCCUAAAGCCGCUAUUAAAUGGCUGGUCCAGUCUAUUACUGGCACCUCAGUAUCUCAGAAUGUUGUCAUUGCUAUGUCAGGCAUCUCUAAGGUAUUCGUCAGGGAAGUAGUAGAAGCUUUGGAUGUAUGUGAGAAAUGGGGAGAGUUGCCACCACUACAGCCUAAACACAUGAGGGAAGCUGUUCGAAGACUGAAAUCAGAGGGGCAGAUUCCUAACUCAAAGCACAAAAAAAAUCAUCUUUCACUAGGUCUAGGAGCUUCCUAAGCUGUACUACUGAAAAUGGAAGGACUGACUUUCUCCCAUUGAGGCAUUAUGCACUAUUGCUCAGAUGUCCCAGUCCCUUAGGGACACUGUGAUCAAACAUCUGCCCCCAAAUCUUCAAGCUCAAAGUUACCUGGUAGAGAAGUGCAGCCACUUUCAGAUUUGUUUCCUGUCAUUGUAGGACCAUUUAGGUCAGGUUGGGAUUGGUGAUAACUCUUAAUUGGCUAACUGAAAAGGGGAAGUGUCCUUAUAUAUAGACCUCUUGUACAAAGCAUACAAGAGUGCUGCUUUCCAAUGGAUAAAAUUCUUCUAAGGAUCAAUCUUCUUGAUUAAUCUCAAGAGUACCUUAUUUUGCAAGUUUCACAUUGGAACCCUAAACUGCUACCCUCAGGGUUUUAGAUCUGGUUUGAAGUUGAUAACAGGCUAGAAAUUUCUAACUUGUAUAAUGUGACAGUUCAGUUUACAAUGUUAGCAACUGAUGGAAUGACAGAAUAGUUUUAUUACUUUGUAAAAAAUUAAACAUUAUCAUGUGGUUUUUGGUGUAUGAUCAUUAUACUAUUUUCUAACUUGGGACAUAUGUACUUUGGUUUGGUAUUCAAAACUUGAAGCCAUUGGCAAGGAUGAUUGGGGUGUGGAAAAAUAGUUCCUGUUCUCACCUUCCAUAGUUUUGUGUCCAGGAUAUGGAUGAUUUUUCCUUAGCCUUCUCGAUGUAAACAUUUGAAACUACUUUAUCUGGCAUUACUAUUAAUCUGAU